UUAUAAUUAACCCGUCUGGAUGUCCCGACCUAAUGUACUUGCAGGGCAUUGCAGGUUAUCGUGGUGCAAUCGGUAGACGAGGACGCCUCCCAGCCUGAAAAAACGGGAGCAUCACACGUGUGGCCAAACUUCCCUCCAUACAUGUACGAACCAACCGCGAUGAUCUGCCUUGUAGAGUCGGUCGGUCACAUCACCUCCAACGCGUCAGCAGUCGCCUCCAGCUCCGCCGUCCCCACCCCCCGGUCAGCUCGUCUCGGAUCGUCUCCUCUAAUCCGUUCCCACUACUGAAGAAAACACGUGGUCUAUUACAAUACGUCCACGAUGCCGAGAUAAUACCGCUUAUGUUACUCUCGCGGUAUAUUCUUAUCAAUCCGAGGCUUCGAGCCUUUGAAUAUGUAUGUAUAUUAAUGGAGUCCAUUUGGAUUAGAGGCGGUUCUAAAGGGGCGAAUGGGAUUCUCCGGCGACGGAAUCGAUAACGCAUUUCUCCGUCGGAACCGGGCCUUUAUACCGGCUUUUAACGCGUUUCGGGCCGCCCGAGGUCCACCUCUCUCCGAUACCCCCGAGCCCGUUCGUCUCCGAUCAAACGUGUCCCCGGUUUCUUCAAAACGAAAUCGCUGAUCACCCUUCUUAUUGAUUCCGCUCAAAUCAAACGGCGACGGUUACCGCAUCCGACGAUGAGGUCGAGCCAUCGCCGGAUUUGAGCCGCUGGGAAGCAUGACGAGGAAGAAGACCUAUAUCGCCCCGCCCGGUGGGGCGGUGGCUGCCGCUGCCCGCCGGCACCCGGUGAUCCUGAAGCAACCGUCGAAGCCGUCGGCCCGGCUUGCGGAGGUCGCCGGAGGGACGGCGGCGGGUUGCGCGGCGGUGUGCUGCUGCUGCCCGUGCGGGCUGGUGAACCUCCUGGUGCUCACCGUGGUGCGGCUGCCGGCGGUGCUCUGCCAGCGGGCGCUGAAGGCGAGGACGAAGCGGCGGGCAGUGAUCAAGAAGCCGAAGGAGGGGCUGUUCGGCCCCAAGCAGGGCGGCGGCCGCGAGUCCGGGGAGGGGGAUGAGGAGGGCGUGAGUCUCCACGGGGCGGUGGUUGCGGUCGCUGUGGCAAAAGAGGCGUCGCCGGCGGAGGUGACGGAGAUGGAGAAGGAGAUGUGGGCUAAGUUCUGCAGCGCGGGGUUUUGGAGGAGCCCGUCACAAAGAGAAGAGGAGGAGGAACGGUGAGACGGUGACGGUUACGGCAUCGGUAGCGGCCUCUCUCCCUCUGUCUUCCUUUCCGCCUCCUGAUUCUCUACAGUAAAAAGUUGAAAGGUGGUGUCUUUUUCUUCCUUUUAUUCACUCUUUUAUUUUGUUUUUACCUUCCCGGGACUUGAUUUUUAUCGUUCGGCUCGUGGCCGCUGCAUUCCACAGAGAGAGAGAGAGAGAGAGAGAGAGAGAGAGAGAGAGAGAUGUGGUUCGAAGAUAUAAAGUUGUAAUAUUGUUGGGGAGAUGAUGAUGUCAGUCAGUCUAAUGUGCAGAGAAAGUCGGGGAAGUCCGGCGAACUAUUGUUGAAUAUA